CGAGAAACAUCUUCCGGCUUCUGACUUGCAGCUGCUCAGCUGACUGUUCAUCAUGAGGUUCCGCUUCUGUGGAGAUCUGGACUGUCCGGACUGGGUGCUGGCCGAAAUCAGCACGUUAGCGAAAAUCUCUAGUGUCAAGAUGAAACUCCUGUGUGGUCAAGUGCUGAAGGAGUUACUGGGGGAGGGAAUUGAUUUUGACAAGGUCGCAAAGCUCACUGCAGAUGCAAAGUUUGAGAGCGGAGACAUCAAAGCCAGUGUGGCGGUGCUCAGCUUCAUUUUCUCCAGUGCGGCAAAGCAUGAUGUUGACAGUGAGUCGCUGUCCAGUGAGCUGCAGCAGCUCGGCCUUCCUAAAGAACACACAACGGGACUCUGCAAAUCGUACGAAGACAAGCACUCAGCGCUGCAAGACAAACUACGAGAGACAAGCCUGAGAUUGGGACGGCUGGAGGCGGUUUCUUGGCGGGUAGACUACACUCUGAGCUCCAGCGAGCUGAGGGAGGUAAAUGAACCAGUAAUUCAGCUGAAACUCCAGGCCCAGGGAGCAGAGUCCGGCUGCACAGACACGACCGUGGUCUCGGUUUCUGCUGACAAGUUCAGAGUGUUGCUUGCAGAGCUCAAACAAGCCCAGGCUAUGAUGAAUGAACUACAAUGAAGCCUUACCUCAAUAUCUGAAGAGCUGGACAUAAUCGGUGCUGAUAGACUGCCAGAAGUGCCAUGCAUAUAUCUUGUACAUCAUAAUUUGUUUUUGUAUGAAUGUAGUUUUGUCAAUGGUUAAAGCAAAGGUUGGUAAUGCAGGAAAAGCUAGCAAGAGCAGGCUACACUUUGAAAAAUAGGCAACAGAUACAUUCCACUCCAUCCCAUCAGCACUAAGGUCAAAGCUACGCCCCCAAAACACAUGAACACUGCCUGACAACUGCUAGAAGCCGACUUGUGUGUGAAGCUUGCUAACUUCUGGCUAUAGUCUCUGCUUCAGGGGUGCAUGUCUCCCCUGAAGACUGAAGACUCUGGUCAUGCGCAGCGAGAGCACAGGCAGGGUGCUGGCAGACAGGCAGGUCAGUUAAAGCCAAUUUCAGACAUGAACUCUGGAGAAUGUCUGCACAACUGGCUCCAGACUUUCUCUGGUGUUUGCCUUUCACACAUGAACAAUGAAGCAGGAGAUUCUCUGCACUGACACGUUCACAACAACACAGUAAUCUGCAGAGCGUUCAGGUGAGAGAGGUUGCAGCAGUAUUCAUUCUGCUUUGUAGAUUAUGUGUUUCUGUUUACAGCACAUCGAUACUGGCGUUAGCUCUUAUCAAAAAAAGUUCUCUUGACAUCAUCGUUGGUGCCUUGUAGGUGUGUGGCACCACUUUUUCAUCCUGAGAUAUUUGUUUCCCUUUUUGUUUUUAGUUUCAUUUUUGUUAUUAUCACGUCCACUCACUCGCAGUAAAUCCCACAGAGGAUCUGCUACUGCAUCCCACAGUCUCAUUUGAACAUCAGCCUGUUUUUCUGCCAGGGGGCUGGCCGGAGACACUCCAGAGAAAGUUCUUACUUACUUACUUCUUACAUUUCCGUUCUUACUUACUUACUUAUUCUGGAGAAUGAAAGGAGAAUCUCCGCAGUUCAGUACAUGUCUGACAGUGUGGCUAUCGAUACUGGCUAUGAGUAUAUUUGAGGGCUAUCGGGAUGUGAAGAGGAUAAAGAUAAAAAAGUGUUUCACCAACAAAAUACCAACCCUGCCUUUAAGUCAAAGGCUCAUUCCUCUUUUAGAAUGACUGAUAUUUAGCUGUAUUUUAUAACCAUGUGAAAAAUAACUGCUGAGAAUGUUUCUGAACUAAAUGGACCAUUUAUAAAAUAUUGCUAAAUAAUUUGUAUUUGAAUCAUGUUGAUGGUUUGUAUGUUACCAUGAUUUGAUCAGAAAUAAAAUGUAA